AUGCCCUCUAUUGAAGUAGAUUUAUGCUUAUUUGACCUUGAUGGUACCAUCAUCAAUACCACCAUUGCAGCUGAAAGUGCCUGGAAACGAUUAUGCCAUACUCAUAGAGUAGACCCACAAGAAUUGUUUAAACAUUCCCAUGGCUCUAGGACGGAGGAUAUGUUCAAGAAGUUUUUUCCACUGCUAGAUAAUAGAGACGGCAAAGCCGUGAAAGAAUUCGAACUGUCGUUAGGUGCAGAUUAUUUGGAUACUGUUCGAGUGGUUCCGGGAGCUGAAAGUUUAUUACUGAGCUUGGAUGUAGACACCUCGACAAAAGCCAAAAUUGUUGAUCGGAAAUGGGCCAUCAUUACAUCCGGAUCGCCAUACUUGGCAUUUUCAUGGUUUGAUACGCUGCUAAAGAAAGUGGGCAAACCAAAUGUCUUUAUCACAGGGUUUGACGUUAAACGUGGAAAGCCAGAUCCAGAAGGGUACUUUGCGGCCAAAGUUGAGCUCUGCAAAAUUCAUGGCCUAGAUCUUAAGACAUCCAGAACUGUCGUUUUUGAGGACGCACCGGUUGGAAUAAAAGCUGGAAAAGCCAUUGGGUCUCUUGUUAUUGGCAUCACUACAACAUACCCAAAGGACGUUUUGUUUGAAGCUGGGGCCGACUAUGUGGUUGAGGAUUUGUCUGCGGUCACAGUUACAAGAAACGACAACAUUCACGGUAUUACGAUCGAUAUUGAAAAGGCCAUGUCAAGAUAA